CUGUAGCUCUAUUUCAGUACUUGUGAAGAAUUUACUCAUGUAAAUGAACUAUUUAUAGUUACUUUGUUACUUGUCUUGGGAAUCCCUGUCAGAGAAAAGGGCUUGCGCCAUUGUUAGCGCAUUACUGCAAGAGGACGUUUUCUGAGUACACCAGGAGGUUUGUUGGCACCUUUGCCAUCCGGACACUUUUGCAGUUAGAAUGUUCAUUUCGAAGUGAAGAUGGGUUUGCUGAAACUGUUCACCCGUGGCCUUGGUGUCGGGACAGUGUGCGGAGGAGCGUAUUAUGGAUAUCAAGAUGAUGCUACGAAACGCAAAAUUAGGGUCACGAUUGGUGGUGGGGGCAGAUUCUUCAGGACUGCUUACACUGGUCUGGUGAUGUCAAUUGACUAUUGGUGGGCUCUCCAUGGUCUUGAAGAAGAUAGUGCCGAUUAUAAUGCGGCAAUGAAAGCUUGUCAUCAGCGGUCUGCUGAUCGGCUUGUGGCGGCAGCACUGGACAAUGGUGGCCUGUACAUCAAGUUGGGCCAAGGCCUUGCAUCCUUCAACCAUGUUCUACCUGAAGAGUACAUUCAAACGCUCACUAUCCUGCAUGACCAGGCUUUAAAGAGAGGGAAGGGCGAGGUGGAUGAGCUCUUCCGUCAAGACUUUGGUAUGAGCGCCAAGGAACUCUUUCAGGAGUUUGAUGAGAAGCCUAUUGCCGCAGCUAGCCUUGCACAAGUGCACAAGGCGGUGACAAAGGACGGCAAGUCCGUUGCUGUAAAGGUGCAGUACAUUGAUCUGCGGGAUCGUUUUGACGGGGAUAUGUUCACGCUGGGACUUUUGCUGGGAUGUGUUCCGCUUCUCCAUCCCAAGUUCAAGUUUGGCUGGAUCUUGCCUGAGCUGAAGACCACGCUUUCUCACGAGUUGGACUUUGAGCGCGAGGGCAAGAACAGUGAGCAGUGCAGUGUUGAUCUGGAGCACCUGGGAUAUGUGUAUGUUCCCAAGGUUCACUGGGACAUUACCAGGAAGCGUGUCCUAACAACAGAGCUGAUUGAGGGAGGUGUGAAGAUUACGGACGUGAAGACAAUGAAGGAAAAGGGAUUUUCUCUCAGAAGAGUGGGACAAAUGCUUGUGGAAUCAAUGGCCGAGCAGAUCUUCGUGACUGGCUUUGUUCAUGCAGACCCUCACCCUGGCAACUUGAUGGUGCGACGCGGGCCAUCCGGAAAGCUGCAGCUUGUCAUCCUGGAUCAUGGGCUCUACGAGAGGCUGCCUGAUGAUGAUCGCCUUGCACUGUGUCAAUUGUGGAAGUCGGCUAUCCUCUCCGACAUCCCGAUGCUGAAGCAUAGCGCCGAACAGCUAGGUGUGAAAGACUACAAUGUGCUUGCCAGCAUGGUUCUGCAGAGGCCGCUCUAUCAGGACUCAAGCAACACCAUUCAGUUCAACGUGCGCCUGACCAAGUCCGACAUGGAGUUCAUGCAGCAGCUGGCUGCCAAGCACAUUGAUCUAAUCUUGGAUGUGCUGAAAGCCCUGCCAACACCGCUCAUGCUGGUCAUGAGGAAUAUCAAUAUUGUCCGCUCUGUCAACUCUGAGCUGGGAACCCCAGUGAAUCGAUUCAACAUCAUGGCUCGAAGGGCGGCUGGUGGUUGCUCCGUCAACGCAUCCGAGACUGGAUUUGUGCCGGCUGUGAAGCGGCGUGCAGAGCGACUUCGCUUUGACUGCAUUCUGUGGUGGAUGGGGACUCGAUCGUGGAUCCUACACAAGUAUUGCCAAAUGCUGGUCACUUUCCGUCUUGCUCCUCCAGAGCUGCUGGGUAUGUCGAAAGCCAUGAUUCGACUAUAAUCGUGUGCGGGACCUCUUGAAUCGACAACUACGUGGUCCUGAAGCCAGCUAUGCUCUCAUGGUAUGCGUGCGUGCGUGUGUGUGUGUGUGUGUGUGUGUGUGUGUGUGUGUGUGCGUGUGUGUUUCUGUGUGUGUGAAUACUAUUGUGUAUUUGUAAUCCCGUUUUUCUCUUCUUCUUUUUUAUCCUGUUCGUUGGAUUGUUGUUUGUUUCUCCGGUCUUGAACAUACAAUACAGCAGACUACGUGUAUAUAGUAUCCUAGUGUACAUACUGUCAGACAUCUUCCGCCCAGAACAACAACUAGCAAUGUCCGGGACAUGUGUUUUUUUCGUGCUAUUUAUUAGCCUUUUUGGGGGCCUAUUUAUUCUGGCGGGAGAAUCCAGCAGCGUCAUUUGUAUUUAUUCGGCAAUUUCUGUUUGCCACUAUAGUGCGCUGGUAUGCACCGAGCAUGAUGGCUUUGUGUAUAAAUCCCAAGCAGGGGUGAGAUCUUUUUUUAAAUCUUUUUUUGCCAUCCGUAAUUCUGUUCCUGAUUUUUAGCUUUUUGUUGUUGUUGCAAUCAUCUACCUAGCUCAACGGGCUUUAUCAAUGACUAUCCGCUGCAGUGUCCUACUGGGAUCAGCUUCUCGGAAGUGAUUAGAAAUUUAGACUACAAUUUUA